AUGAACAUGAGCUUCCCUACCCUGGCGGGCUCGUCGGCGCCGGACGCCAUGCCGCCCCCCGACGCCGGCCUCAGCUUCGGGUUCAUGGACGCCUACACCAAGUCCACAGCUUUGCCCAGCAUGCCCCCCGCGGUCGCGGCCGAGGCCGCGCCCGCGCCCGCGUCCAUGGGUCCUUCUUCCACGGGAUCCGCUUCCAACAGCGCGGGCAACACUCCAACCCCGGACUCGCACCGGUCCUCGAGCAAAAAAGCCAGCCGGCUCACUUGGAAGGGCGAAGAAGACGUGGCCAUGCUCACCAUUGUGCUCGGCCAGCGACUUCGCCUACGCGAGACUACACAGUACCGCAAGUUUUGGGACAAGAUCAGCGAGCUUUUGUUGCACCAAUACGGCAUCCUCAGAAAUACACGCCAAUGCCGCGACCGCUUCAACCUUCUGUACGCCAAGGGCGCGCGGAAUGUGACGAACAACGUGACGCCCUGCUCGGAGCGCGACAAACUGCUGCACAACAUUGUGACCACAUUCAAACUUAGUCAAAAGGGCCACAUUGUGCUUCAGGAUGCCACCAAUUCUGACCUACAAUUCGAGCCCCUUUCACACCAAUCGUUGCGCCAGGAUGCUGCCAGCGAUCAACUCUCGGAAGCUCCUUCAGAUUACGAUUAUUCAAACAUACCACCAAACAACUCUAUUUUGAGACCCCCAAGCGGGCCUGUUCCAGCAAUCGAGUGGAAAAAUAUGUCUGAGAUGGUAAAUACUCUUAUGAAUUGCACCAAUGGGUUGGCAAUGGAAAUCCAAAGCCUUGGCGAAAGAUUCAGCCAACUUACGGAGCAAAUGAACUACUUACAAAAACGUAUGGAUUACACGUUUAUGGCCAACCCCUCGAACGUACGACCUCCUCCGCCACCUCCUCCUCCUGCUAUUCCCCAGGAUCAAUGUUAUCCAUACACCUACCAGUCUUUGGAUAGGCCAAAAUAA